AUGAAUCGGUGUCUAUUAGCAUUCCCAUUGUCAUCUUCUUCAACAUGCCGCGGUGAUUUGGAGCGCGUGGAGGAGGUGUCUUUUCUCGUUCAGACAGUCUUCUUCUUCCUCUCCCGCUGUGUUUGUUUGGCUAAACCCACACAACCGCUACCACAUCCAGAAGAGUGCGGGCAGCCGUGCGUUUCGGGACAGUCACAAAUGUUCCAACACAGGACCACGAAUGCACAAGGCCCUCCGCCAAAUCGUCCUAUGCCAAGGCCUCCAGCCGGAAUGAUGAUGCCAUCUCAUGAACACGAUUACACAAACGAUUAUGAGGAUCCGGAAGAAUUGGCCAGAAGUCGAGGAGAUGGGUUCACCAAUCACUUGCUCAUCAAAACAACACCACCACCUCAGUCGCAUCCGACUAAUUUCAAUUCGUAUGAGAUGUCAAUGUCGCAACAGCGACGUUCGCAACAAAAUCAACAGCAGCCAAUGGCACCGCCACUUUCAGACUGUUGGGGAAGUGGAAUGCAUGAUGGAGGUGUGCUUCACAAAAAUGCCGACGGAGCAUACUAUAUUCCAAGUGGAUCUCUGAGAACGACAUCAUCAACACUUUCUCCCGCAUCAGGACAACGCUGUUUGGACCAAAUUCCAGGGGGAGGUCAGAAUGUAUCAAUUCCCUCUGUUAUUCUUAAUUUCCGAUAUUUGAUUUUGAUUGUUUUUCCGGUGUGCAAGAAUUAUCGAGAAACGGACCAUAUUGUUCUAAUUGAAAUCCGUGUGUGCGGGGGCAGUCACACAUUUGCAGUGCUUUACGCUGCUCAAUUAGCGUCAUUUCGAGGUGCUCUUGUGUAUUCUGAAGACGCUGAGGAGAAGAAGAAGAAAAUCAUAACAUUUGUUCCUUGUAUACAUGCUCGACUCCGAAGGCGUCAAAGCGUAUGUAAUUAUUCUAAUGCGAGAAAAGCUGUGGAACCUCAUUCUUCUGGAGCACCGAACACAACAUAUUCGGAUGCCUCUACCACCUUGUUAAAAUAUCCUCCACCAGUAGGAACUUAUCAGAAUAGAAGAAGGCAGCAAGUGGGCACUAUGAACAAUGGUGACCCGGGAGUCGGUGGACCACCAAUAUCAGCGACAAAAAAGAAGAAAAAGUUUGAUGAGGAAGGAAACAGUUGUUCCAAAUGGCCUUCAAAAUGGAAUCUUUUAUUAGUUGCUGCUCUUCUCGUCGCCCUGUUCAUUAUUUGUAUUUUACUUUGUAAGUUCGAGUUUUUUUUCUUUUUUUUGCAAUUUUACUCCUACUUUUCAGUCCGUGCUCCGAAUUAUGUGUACACUCAACCUGCUCCAUCGUCUGAUUCUAUGUCGUCAGCAUCAUCCGCAGCUGUAAGUCGAUAUCAGGAUCUUGGGCUUCGAGCCCUUCCGCCUGCUAUCAGUCUUGGAGAACGAGUUGAUGUCGAAUUCUUUCCCAAAUCAAUGGCAACUACGGAGCUUACAAUUUCCAAACCAUCACGAAUUCAAUUCAACGCCACCGUCGGAUCAGGAGCUCAACUUGUUCUUUUGAUGUCAGCCGGAGUGCAUCCUAGUCUCAGUCUUCAUGAUGCUCUUUUUCCAAUUCGUUCUGAUCGAAUUCGCGACCCCAAAGGCCCUACCCAUAUCGUUGAAGAGUUUGGUUCUCGUAGUCGUCGAAGCAUUGGGUCUGGAUCUUCACGUCACCGAAGCGUUGAAAUCCUGUCUCCUCGCAGUGCCAUUUUUGAGCAGUUUUUGUUGGAAGGAAGGCACUACCUGACAUUUAUUAAUGAGCGAAGUCGUGUCGAACCCAUCUCGUUUGUAGCAGAAGAAAUUCAACGGCUAACAACACCUCCCAAAACAUCUCCCGGUGUUUCUGGAUCAAAAGAGCACCCGUUGGCAUCUGUUCUUCUGUGCGAAGCAAAUUGCAAUCAGCGUGGUGAAUGCGUCAAUGGAAAAUGUCAUUGUGCUCCUGGAUACACCGGUCGAGCAUGCGAAGAAGCAGUCUGUCCAGUGGUCUGCAGUGGAAACGGAGUCUUCUCGGGUGGCAGCUGUGUAUGUAAAUCUGGAUUCAAAGGAAAGGAAUGUGAAAUGCGUCACAACUGGUGUGAGGUGGCGGACUGUAAUGGCAGAGGACGAUGUGAUACCGAUGGAAAGUGCCGUUGCAAUCCUGGAUGGACUGGAGAAGCGUGUGAACUCCGUGCCUGUCCUCAUGCUUCGUGCAACGAUAGAGGUGUAUGUGUUAAUGGAACUUGUUAUUGUAUGGAUGGAUGGAGAGGCAAUGAUUGCUCAGUUUUCGCCGACGCUGUUGUUCCUCCUCCGCAAGCCCAGUCUCCAGUCAAGAAGUCUUCCGAAGACUCCACCAGAACCCGUAAGAACCCAACAAAAUCAACUGUUUCAACAGAGAAGAAGAAGGAGAGCCGCGAGCUCCAAACAUCAACCAUUUCUCCAGCAGUUCAAGUUUCCCAAUCACAACACAUUUGUUCUUCACAUGGAACUCUUGUCGAUGGAAUUUGUCAAUGCGAACCUGGAUGGAAUACAUUCGAUUGUUCUCAAAGAUCGUGUAGCUGUGUGAAUGGAGACUGUCUUGACGAAGGAUCUUGUCAGUGUUGGAGAGGAUGGAGAGGAGCCAAUUGCACAGAGAAAAAGUGUGCCGUCGGAUGUGAAGAUCAUGGAAAGUGUAAAUCUGAUGGAACAUGUCAAUGCUCGGCUGGCUGGAACGGUGACAAUUGCUACCUAGAUGGAUGUCCAAACCAAUGUUCUGGCAAAGGAGAAUGCGUAAUGGAUCGUCGAUCAUCAGAAUGGUCAUGUCGAUGCCAAGCUGGGUCUACGGGAGUCGAUUGUUCAGUCCCCGUCGAAAUGCACUGUGAUGAUGGGUUGGACAAUGAUUCAGAUGGCCUUAUCGAUUGUGAUGAUCCAGAAUGCUGCUCAUCCCCAUCAUGCUCUUCGGAAUCUGUUUGCUCGACUGCUGCCACACCAACUGAAGUUCUCAUGCGGAUGCCACCAAUAUUCAACGCUAAUUUCGCACAAAGAGUUGGAUUCCUAAUAAUGGAAAAAUCAGUUCAGAGCUAUACGGAUGCUUCGCAGUUCAGUGAAUCUCUCAUCUCUGUUAUUCGUGGACGUGUUACAUGGAGUGGUUUUACUGGAAAUUCAGAAGAUCUUUCGACACAUGCUAACAAGUCUACUGUCUCUCUUGUUGGUGUUCGCAUUUCUGAUUCAGCACACCCUCUUUACGGUUUCACUUUGACGCGAGAAGAUGGUUAUUUUGAUCUGACAGUCAAUGGUGCACGGAGUGUCACUCUUCAGUUUCUACGAACACAAUUCCAAUCUGUUAAGAAAACUGUUUACGUUCCUCCUCGCCAAAUCAUUCACAUUGAUGACAUUAUUCUUCACAGACAAUCUGGGUCAUUUGCUCCUGUUCUUACGACGCCUCCAGCCAGAGCAAAGUGCUCUCCAACUACAAGAAGACUACCGGAAGUUGUGCUUAUUUCAAAUUGGCAGUACACUUCGGAUGGUGUUGAAACCGAAAAAUCGACUGAUUCGUCAAGACUUGUCGUAGAUUCUAGAUCUAUUGUAGAGUCACUUCCAAUCCAAGGAACCGAUGUACGACUGGUUUAUGACUCGGCAAGAUCUCUAGCAGCUCCGUCGACAAUGCUCAUCGGUUUGUUAGACGAUCGAGUUGAUAAGGAGCUUCGGAAGAUCCAUUUGAACAUUCGAUUCGCUGGACGUCGAUUUGAUCACACUUUGGCUCCACGAACCAACCUCACGCAUGUCUUCGCAUGGGAUAAGAAGAACGCUUACCGUCAAAGUGAAUCUGGACUGAUACCAGUGACUGUUCAAGUGGGAUACGAGUAUCAAGGAUGUGAGCGAUCUAGUGAAAGAGUUUGGCAGACAAGAAAGUCUCAUAUGUUGGGAGCAACAUCUAGAAAAAUGCUUGGAGGAAUGUGGACAAUUGAUGCUCAUCAUCAUUUGGAUAUUGUUAACAGUGAGUUUUCGAAAGUAGUUCAUGAGAUCUCAAUUCACACAAUUUCAGAUAUCGUGGAAAUGGGAAAUGGUGGCUACCGGCUAAUCAGCGAAGGCGAGCCGCGUGUCAGUACUUUGGCUGGAAUCGAUGGAAUCAAGCGAGAUGUAGAAUGCAGCAAAUGCGACGGUAGAAUCGAAUCGAUUUCGUUGUUCCGUCCGUCUACUGUAGUUCAUGGACAUGAUGGAAGUCUCAUCAUUGGGGAUCACAAUUUGAUUCGACGAGUUUCCCCUGAUGGUCAGGUGACUACGAUUCUUACCCUGGGAUUGGCUGACACUUCUCAUUCUUACUACAUUGCCGUCUCACCGGUUGAUGGAAGUAUUGCAAUUUCAUUGCCACUCCACAAACAAGUUUGGAAGAUUUCGAGUGUAGAUCCACAAGAUUCUCGAAACAACUAUGAUGUGUUGGCUGGAGAUGGAACCGUUUGUGGGUCAGCUGUAGAUUCCUGUGGAGAUGGAGCUCUUGCUCAAAACGCUCAGCUUAUUUUCCCCAAAGGAAUUGCUUUCGAUAAGAAUGGAAACCUAUAUCUGGCAGACAGUCGUCGUAUUCGUGUUGUCGACACCACAGGACAUAUUAGAUCGAUCGGCGAAACUACACCCGACCAACAUCCCAUCAGAACAUGCGCUCAAAUCACAAAGCUCGUUGAUCUCCAAAUGGAAUGGCCAACUUCUCUUUCUAUCGAUCCAAUCACUGAUUCUGUUUUCGUCCUGGACACAAACGUCGUUUACGAAAUUGACAUUGAACAUGACGUUAUCACAAUUGCUCUUGGAUCCCCAACCACUUGUGAUCUUGCCAAUGCAACAUCAAUGGCUUCAGCUUCGUCUCAUGCUGCUUUCACUCUUGACCAUAGACGUCAUUUGAUUCAAAACGCAAGAGAUAUCAGUGUUGGUUCAGAUGGAUCAAUUUAUGUUGUGGAAUCAGAUGGAAGAAGACUUAAUCAAGUUCGAAAGCUGAGUUCUGAUAGGACAACUUUCUCUAUUCUUAUUGGUGGGAAAAGUCCUUGCUCCUGCGAUGUUGCUGCUUGUGGAUGUGAUGAUUCAGUUACACUUCGUGAAGUUCCUGCUUCUCAAGCUCAUCUGAAUUCUCCUUACGCUGUUUGCGUGGCACCAUCUGGGGACGUCAUCAUUGCGGAUACUGGAAAUUCCAAAAUCAAAAAAGUGUCGGCUCGUCUCGCCAAAUAUGACGGAAGAUCUAGAUCAUACGAAGUUCCGGAUGUAGAACGUCAGGAGAAGUACACCUUCAAUCGUCAUGGACAACACACAUCUACCGUAUCAUUAAUCACUGGACGUACCCUUUUCAACUUCAGUUAUCAAGUUGAUUCUCCAACUGCGAUGAUGUCUGAAAUUCGAUCUGCAUCUGGAGUUGUUCUGAGAGUUUUGAAACGUAACGAUUCUGUUUAUGAUUUGGAGACAACGCUUGGCGAAAGAACUACAUGUACUAUGUCAACAUAUGAUGGUACUCUUGAACAAGUUUCAAAACGAGAUUCUGCGACAUCGAGAGAUGCAACUAAGUUGUCAUACGUCAAAGGACUGCUGUUCUCCAGAAUCGAUGUGGCCACCGCCGUUGGAUUUGAAUAUGAUCAGUACGGUAGAGCAAAUGGAUUGAAACGAGAUGGAGAGCACUGGAGUUUGGGAGAGGAAUUUAUAUCCAUGGGACGAGUGAACACUGAGGUUCUACUGAAUAAUCACCGCUACCAGCAAGUAAGACUGGGCGAUGGAGAUCUAGCUGUUCAUGGAACAAACGGUGCUUCCACUCUUAUCAGUCUUCUUCGAAACGAAGGAUAUUCUUUGACAUCUCCUCAUGGAACCUCUUCACUGUUUGUCAAAAGUUCCACGAUACCGGAUGGAGGUGGUGAGCCCGUGAUAUCUCGUCGAAGAACGACUGUUCCGGCUAUUGGUAAUCCACAACGAAGAGCGUUAACUACUCAAUGGGAUUGGAAGCACGUUGCACGACGUGGUGAUGAUUCGGACAGUAGUCUCGGAAGACGACGAGUGGCGGAGAUCAAUGGAGUGAAUAUGUUCUCCAUGGAUUAUGAUGUGAAAUCGAAUCGUGAUACACUGCGCCUUGGUUCAACUACGGAAGAUGCUCAAUCACUUCUUUUCAUUGACUACACUUCGUCAGGACAGGUGAAACGGAUUUCUGCUCCGGAAGAUUCACAAAUGGCUGAAAUGAAUGUCACCUGGGAUAGCACCGGAAGAAAAUCAGAAGUGACUUGGGGCUCCUGGAAGAUUCGUUUUGCAUUUGACAACUCUAAUCGCCUGACCGAACAUUCCGUGGAUGGAGCGAGAGUUCCGAUCAAAAUGAGUUACGCUGGGGCAUCGAGAAGACCAAAUGAAAUUCAGCAUGAUGGAGCUAAGUGGACAAUCCAAUACGAUAACUAUGAUCGUAUAAAGGAAGUGUUGAGUAAAUCGCAAGAAAGUACAACAUUCUCCGCAAUCGCUCUAGGUGGAGACGAAUGGGUUUUGAAAAGAAGAACAUCACUGAACUCGAAGCCUUCACUCGUUAGAAUUGCUCGAGAUGGGCGUGUUCUAGAAUCGACAACACCAGAUGAGAUGCACCAUUGGCUGGAAAGAAGAGAUUCGGCUACAGGAAGAACAACUGAGAUUUUGAACGACGAAGAAACGACGGUUGUAACAUGCUGGUCUUCAGAAGGUCAACCGAUGUGCUCAAGAAGUCCGGACUUCCACGAAAAUGUCACACUGCAAGGACAUCUUGUGGCUAGAAGAACUGUAACCAUUAUCACUCCAACCUCCUCUGAACCAUCCAUAUCAUCUUCAUUUACUUAUGAAUAUGACGAUAUGCUUCGUGUGACCACAAUCCAACCAGUAAUCGAACAAUCAGUGUUAGAAUCAAUUCAACUGACAUAUGACGAUCGACGAGGGCAUGUGGCAUCCGUCAACGGAUUGACUUGGGCUCGUGACACAACUACAUCUAGAUGCCAAGGACAUGGAAUCAUGUACGAAACAUCGAAAGCUGAUGAACAUCAUCAAGUUGUUGAGCGGAAACUGAUAUUCGGAAGUGCUCGUGCUUCACUGAAAAUUGGAAGAGAUAAGGCUGGUAGAGCUUUCGAAUCAUUAUUGGAAAUCGUUUCAUCCGGUUCUGAACAAAUUCAAAAAAUUACUAGAACUUUCGAUGCUGCCGGAAGAGUUGCCAGUGUAGAGAAAACAGAUCAAGAAUCAACACGAAUUCAAUAUAAUUCUGAUGCACGCGUCGAGAAAAUCAAUGAUCGAAUUGUAGAGUGGAAUCGGGGAGGUGCAUUGAAGACGUUCCAAGAGGUACCAUAUCAAGUUGACUCCAUUGGUUGGGUAGUUCGACGUGGAAACGAUACAACAUUCGGAUAUGAUGGAAAAGGUAGAUUGGUGUCGGCUACGAUUCUGAAACCAACUCAAAUGAAAAUCAAGAUCGUAUAUGACAGAGAAGAUAGAGUCGUUCGGAUUGAUAACGGACGAGAUUCAACUAAUCUCUACUAUGGUUACGUUGAUCAUCCUCGUCUCGUUUCUCAUUUCUCGAAGAACGGAAAAAUUUCAACGAUUUUAUAUGACGACGACUCGAUUCCAUUCGUAAUGAAGUCAGAUGACGGAACUCAUUAUGCACUUCUCACCGAUGAAACAUCCACAGUUCGGGCGAUUAUUGGAGAUUCGAAUGUUGUCAAAAUCGUCGAUCGAUCCGUUUUUGGAGCAAGUCUUUCGACAUCUGCAUCCCAAGUUUUCUUGCCCAUUGGAUAUCUUGGUGGAGUUGAGAUUCCCGAGAUUUCAGUUUCCAUUUUGAAUAACGGCCGCCCGUUGGAUCUGCACAGUGGACGAUAUAUGUCAAUUUCACCCGAUGCUAUUGUACGACUAGAUUUGAAUGAUCAAUGUUCGAAUUCUAUAGACUUGAUGGCUUUGGAAACUGAUAGACAGCCAUUUAAGGUUGAGAAUAUUCCAGAAGGUUUGUUGUUGUUUUCAAUUUUUUUUUUCUUAUCUUUAUGGUUUUCAGACUUCUCCACAUGGUUCUCACUCGCUGGACUUUCAAGCAAUCUAUUGCCGUCUGCCCAUCUUGGUCUUCCUGCUUCUUCUCCAAUUGUUCAUCGUCUUCUAUCUUCCUUCCCUCGCAAGCUCCGCCCACUCACUCACCUGACUACUGUACUUCCAACUAGUCUCGCUUCUGAUAUUCCUGUGAAAUCCACUGAAACUUCCUGGUCAAUCGAUGAUGUUGGAUUUUCAAACUUGCUUAUUCUCAAUGAAAAUGUAGCAACAGAAGAAAUUCAAAUUGAAACGUUGCCAGAUUUGAAGCCGGAAGAACGAGAAGUUAUCACCAAACUGUUUGAUGGAGUCAAAUCGUUGAACUUUGCCUCUUGGGGUUUAGUGCCAACUCGUCAUCUGUGGAGAUCACCUAACUCAAAACUGGAGCUCAGUUCAACCUCGUUCCCACAUUUCACAAUGGCUGUAAACAAAGAAAGUGUGGAAUUGAGAAACGGAAAAUCUAAAAUCGUUGUUCAUUUUGCCGAUAAUAAGCAACAAAUCAUCAAAAGAAUAGUUGACGAGUUGAAAACACGCGAAAAGAUUGCUGUCUGGAGAGCAGAACGAAAAAGGGCGGAAUCUGGAGAGAAAACAUGGCGACAAUGGAGUGAUCGAGAAACUAGAGAACUCAUUUCGAAAGGAUCAGUUUCUGGUUACGAUAUUCAAAUGAAGCCUUCUCAUCAAUCAGGUCUUCUUGCCAGUGUUCAUUCGUGGAAAUUUCAAAAAUCCGGAUAA